CUAAUGCUAACAGUUGCUAAACGGCUGUUGUGUACGCAGUCAGCAGUGGAGACACAAACGGUGUUGAUGGUUCCCUCUGCUAAGAAUGAACCCAAAAAACGUCAGGGAUGACCUGACGACGAAACAUCUGGCCUCUGUCACCUGUUCCUCCACCACCCCUCCUCUGUCGGACAGGACGACCCUCCUGCAUCUUUUCGUCCGCUAAGGUCUGUUUCCCCACACCUCAAGUCUGCUGCCGCAUCCUCUUUCUCCAGAGACCUCAAGCAACCCGGGUUUGAGCUGUACCAGCCUCCACAGAGACUCCGUGCCAACGCGCUUUGUAAAACAGAGACAAUGUAUUGCUUACAGUGGCUUCUUCCUGUGCUGCUCAUCCCCAAACCGCUGAACCCCGCGCUGUGGUUCAACCACUCCAUGUUCAUGGGCUUCUACCUGCUCAGCUUCCUGCUGGAGAGAAAGCCCUGCACCAUCUGUGCCUUGGUCUUCCUGGCUGCCCUCUUCCUCAUCUGCUACAGCUGCUGGGGCAACUGCUUCCUCUACCACUGCCAGGACGCCGCCCUGCCGGACGCCGCUCACGACCCAGCGAUUGUUGGGACCUAGGAGAGAGAAAGCAGGGACUUGAAAGGGGGGACGGGGAGUGCGUAGGGUGAUAAGGCAUUGCUGGAGAAUGAUACUGCCAUGCUGUAAGAGGGGACACUUUGGGGGUGGGAGAGCGAAGGACUGCUGCAGGGGAACGCCGCAAAUAAAGAGGCCAAAGGCGGCGUUGAGGAGGCGAAGAGCCAGUUUUGGAGGUUUAUGGGGGGGCUGUUUUGCCAUGCUGUAAAGAAAGACAGACUUGAAUUUGAGGUGGUGGGAGGAGAGGAGGGGGGAGGAGACGCUGUGUAUACUUUUAGGAAGGGAAGGAGGGACAUCUAAUUGUGAAAAGCGAAGGGAAGGACAUGUGAACUUCAGGGAAGAAGAAUUUCACUUUCUACAGCUUUUCAUUCCAGCAUCCGAAUGAAAAUUUGUUGAUAUAUCCACCACGUAUGACAUAAAGUGACAACAAUGAUUCAGUAUUCUGGUUCCUUUCUCUCCCUCUGGCUUGUUUACUUCCAACAUUGCUCUAGAGAGAUGCCACUUUCUCCAAAAACCUGUUGGGUUUUUAGAACAGAAAUAAUCACCUCAAACUGCCAAAACUCACGCAAUCCUGCUGAAAGCUCCAGAAGGAGUUGGAUGUUACACAGGCAGCCGCGCUUGCUUCCCAGUCCCGCACCAAUGCAGUUGACAAACUUUAAAGCCGGGUAGUGUUAAAGAAUAGUUGACAUGUUUGUCCCCAAGCUCUAGAGGAAAGGGCAACAUGCCUUUUCACAGUCCAACCUGACCAAACUCCGACGCCACUUUGGCUCUGCACACGUAACGCUAUCCUCAGCCAGGAGAGCACACAGACACUGGACAAUCAAUAACUAUGCUGUGAAUAAUUCCUCUCUGCCGCAUCGUCACACAAACACACCUCUGAGGGUGUAAUAAUGCUGAGAAACGGUCCCGUUGUUAUUACCCA